AGAAGCAGAAGCAGAAGAAAGUGAAGCGCGUCGAGUGUCGAGUUCGCUUUUUGCCCUGCGGCUCCUGCUGCCUUUCGUGUCUCUCUUCGUCACGUCUCUUCUCUUCCCUCCCGUUAACUCCCCCUCCCCCUCCCCCUCCCCCGCCGUGGCUCCCUGCUUCUCACCACUUUGACUUUGACAUCUGGUGACACCGGCACGGCGGCGAACAGGUGAAAUCUGUGCAUAGAGGUGAACCAGCCUGCAGCCUGGUGAGGUCAUGCUGCCAGACAAAGACGGGCCGAGCCAGGGGGGUGGGGGUACGGCCGACCCGGGGGGGUCCGAGGAUCCGGCGGUGUCGCUCUUCAGGGAGUACCUGCGGCUGCGGACCGUGCACCCUGAGCCCGACUACGGUGCUGCCCUCCGGUUCCUGGACCGCAUGGCGCUGGAGCUGAAGCUGCCGGCGAAGAAGGUGGAGGUGUGUCCAGGCAGGGUGGUGCUCAUCAUGACGUGGCUUGGUUCCAAGCCUUCACUGAAGUCCAUCGUGCUCAACUCUCAUGUGGACGUGGUGCCCGUCUACCAGGAACACUGGAAGUACGACGCCUUCGCCGCUGUUAAAGACGACGAAGGGAAUAUCUAUGGCAGGGGGGCCCAGGACAUGAAGUGCGUCACCAUCCAGUACAUUGAAGCUGUCCGCAGGCUGAGGGCGCGGGGGACGACUCUGCCUCGAACCGUCCACUUCCUCUUUGUUCCAGACGAGGAGGUCGGAGGUCACGCAGGCAUGGAGAUGUUUGUGAAACACCCCGAGUUCACAAAGCUCAACAUUGGCUUUGCACUCGAUGAAGGUCUGGCGAACCCCGGCGAGUCCUACACUGUGUUUUAUGGCGAGAGGAACCCCUGGUGGAUCACUGUGAAGUGCCCCGGGGACCCAGGCCACGGGUCUCGCUUUGUGGAGAACACGGCGGCGGAGAAACUGCGCAGGGUCAUCAACGCCUUCCUGGACUUCCGAGAGUCGGAGAGAAAGCGCCUGAACACGGGCGAGUGCUUCACCCUCGGUGACGUCACAACCGUGAACAUGACGAAGGUGAACGGGGGCGUGGCCUACAAUGUGGUCCCUGCCCACAUGGACGUGAGCUUCGACAUGCGGAUCCCGCCCACCGUCGACCUGCAGGACUUUGAGGAGAGGAUCAAGCGGUGGUGCAGAGAGGCAGGAGAGGAUGUCACCUACCAGUUUGCCCAGAAACACAUGGAUCAGGAAGUGACCUCGACAGCAGACAGCAACCCCUGGUGGAGCGCCUUCAGUACUGCGUGCAGGACCAUGAACAUGAAUUUGAAGACAGAGAUCUUCCCGGCUGCCACUGACAGCCGCUUCUUCCGGGCGGUGGGCCUGCCUGCUAUUGGCUUCUCCCCGAUGAACAACACACCCAUUCUGCUGCAUGACCACAACGAGUUCCUCAACGAGCGUGUCUUUCUCCGUGGCAUAGACGUGUACGAAUGCCUGGUUCCCGCGCUGGCCAGUGUGGCGCCUGGUCCGGGGGAGGCCUAGGACACGCCUGCAGCCCCCCUCUCCCUUUCCCUCACUCUCUAACUCACUCACUCACUCACUCACUCUCUCAAGCUCUAGCUCUGAUUAAACGGUGCUUCACUGGAGUGAUUAGAAAGUCUUGUUCUGCUGUUUUACUUCUUUAACACGUAAGAUCUAAUACAUGUCACAGCACUGCACUGGAUCACUGAGUCGGCAGCUCUUGGCCACCGUGAUGUUGCCGGCUCGAAAGUUGCAGACAGUCUUCUGGUCCCUGUAGUAUCGUAAGGUGAGGAGCCGCUCUACUCUGCUCCUGCCCAUGAUCGGUGUCAGUGCUCUCUCUCUCUCUCUCUCUCUCUC